AUCAGCAACCUCUAUUUCUGCCUCUUUUCUGCUGAGGACAUCUACAUGAAGGGAAUCCUUGAUCACAAAUCAACCGCAUUCCACCCUCCUGUAUUGAUAAAGAUGACUGGAACAUAACUGGGAAAUUUGUUGGGAUCUGAGGAUAUUUUUUUUCCCUGAAACAAUCUCGAACACCUGCUUCAAACUUCAGACCCUUUAUUUUUCAUAGAAUUUGGCCAUCAGGUUUUGCCUUGCUGACUUCUAGGAUUCAAAGAUGAUGCUACGCCACAUGCCUUCUCUAUUCCAAAGGAAAUAUAAAGCCACUCUUUGUGUUUGCCUCAUUUUGGUUGUCCUGAUACACAUGGUGAUAGAUUUAGCACUCUCCACCGAUCAUAAUUCCUGUGGAUGUACGCCAAAAGUAGCAGAUUCCCCAGGUCUUCCUGCACUUAAUUCCAUACUAUCGGUCCAAAAUAAGCUGAAGCUGAGGAUUCUCCAAGACUUCAGUGGAAGUAACAGCUCCUUGGAAAAAGAAUAUCGCUUGAAACAAGGUUUACUAGAAACAGGUGGCAGGAAUACCACCCCUCUCUACACUCACAGCCACCAUGAGCAAGAAGUUAAUGAAAAACCAACAUGGACAGGCCAAUCCAAACUGGCUGCCCUUUUCAAGCAUCCUCUCUAUAAUGUCCCAACCCGAAAGAUCACAAAGAAAGACAAGCUGUUUCCUACCAAGCCCAAGAUGAAGCUCUUCAUGAAAAGCAGUGAAAGUGAUGAACGGAUCAGCAGUGGGAAGACAGGUGCAAGUCUUCCAAAACACGAUCCCAACCCUCCGUGGCUCCGGUUUUACGCUGGCAUCAAUCGCUAUGAGCUAUAUGCCCGCCAUGACCCCACUCGUCAGGCCUUGAUGGAGGAUUUGGCCACACAAAAAAUUAUCCACACAGUCCAGAAGCCUGGCGGGACCCAGUUAAAGCUCAUCAUGACCUUCCCCAAUCACGGGCAAGCCCUCUUCAAACCCAUGAAGCAGACUCGAGAUCAGGAGACACCAGCAGACUUCUUUUACUUCUCAGAUUUUGAGCGACACAAUGCAGAAAUAUCUGCCUUUCACCUGGACAGGAUCCUAGAUUUCCGAAGAAUUCCCCCUGUUUCUGGCCGUUUGGUGAAUAUAACCAAGGAAAUUCGUGACAUCACAACUGACAAGAAACUGUUUAAAACUUUUUACAUCUCUCCAGCUGGCAAUGUCUGCUUCUUUGGUGAAUGUUCCUAUUAUUGUUCUACGGAGCAUGCUUUGUGUGGAAAGCCUGACCAGCUGGAGGGCUCUAUGGCAGCACUUUUGCCUGACAAAGAAGUGGCUGACCGGCGCUCAUGGAGAAGUCCCUGGAGGAGGUCUUACUCCAAGAACAAAAAAGCUGAGUGGGAGCUGGAUGAAAAUUACUGCACUGGAGUACGAGAGACACCACCUUACGACAAAACGUCUCGCCUUCUUGACCUCAUUGACAUGACUGUGCUUGACUUCCUUAUGGGAAACAUGGAUCGCCACCAUUACGAGACCUUUCAAAAGUUUGGUAACAAUACAUUUUUUCUUCAUCUGGACAACGGUCGAGGGUUUGGAAGACACUCUCAUGAUGAAAUGUCCAUCCUGACUCCUCUCCGGCAGUGCUGCAUUAUUAAAAAAUCAACUUUCCUGCGACUGCAACUGCUUGCUACAGAGCCGUAUCGACUGAGCGACGUUAUGCGUGAAUCGUUAGCCCUGGAUCGCUUGACUCCAGUUUUGUCAGAACCUCACUUGGAGGCACUGGACCGGCGCCUCCAGAAAGUACUAGCCAUGGUGCGGGGCUGUAUGGAAAAAGGAAGACACGAAGAAACAGUAGUGAUCAAUGAUCUAAAAGACCUCCAAGUGCCAAGAAUUGGGAGCUGAAGCAGAAUGAAGAGGCCUUGGCAUACAUCCCUUUGAAGCCUCAAACUUCAAUAGCCCCUCUAUUACACAAGAUACUGAUCGGAGCUGUGUGAACCAAAGGGGGUUCGGGAGCCACCCUAUAUUAAGCAAGCUUAUCAUAAUUUGGGAUGGGUAGGAGGGUUCUGCUUUGUGUGCAGAAUCAAUGAUGGAAAUAUCAUAAAAGUAACCAAUGGAAAUACAGAAGCAAA